AUGUCAACCCCACCAGAUUCCCCGAUUGAUCCUUCAGGGCUAUGGCCAUCCAAGCUUCCGCAGGUUUUCUCAGAUGAUGAUGAGGAGGAUUCUGUCACAGUAUCAUCUGAUGGUGAGCAUGGGUCCUCAGCCCAAGAAUUCUAUGGCGUCAAAAGUGAUGAAGACAUAAGCGAAGGUGUCGACAAUGACACCAACGACGGCAACGACGAUAGCGACGAUGGCAAAAAUGGUGACAACGACAGCAGCGAUGAUGGCGAAGAUGAUUAUAACGAGGAUGGUGAAGACAGCGACAACAAUGCCAGCGGACCACCUAGCAACACUGUUGUGUGGAUGACUUGA